GAAAUUCUCAAUGCACUGGUGUUGACAGACUUCACUGUCACCCAGCUUUUUGAAGCAGCUCAAGUACUUACUGUUCUGAGGGCCCAUCACUCGGAACUUCUUCGUGAAAACAAGGCAAAUGUUAUACUGGACUUCACAAUUAUAGCGUACCAACGAUUUCUAGUUCCACCCCACGACGCACGUUCGCAUCAUGUCUCAUUCUUGUGCGCUUUCCCCAUGGUUGUCUAUGCGAGCGACGUGCCUUGGGAGGCAAGUCCAAAAGCACAAUUACUUGCGCAUCUUCCUCACAUUGGAUCCGGUCAAUAUUUCCAAGACAAUCCAAAUGCACUUGCAAUCACCAACCUCAAAAAGGUCGAGGAUAGCCUCCCUCUCAAUUGGUCCAUAGGAGCUCAGAACCCAAUGGUGCAAAUUUCGGACAUGAGGAUCGGGCAUAGAUUGACAGAUUUUUAUCGUCCCGUAUCCCGUUCAUCGUGCCCUGCAGAAUGACGCACAUAUGGACCUUGCGCUCUGAAUUGCACCUCCAUCUUGAUGUGAGUCAAUUCGCGGAAUUGGCAUGCAACUGACCGGACGAUUGGUAGUUCUGCGACGUGUACGAUAAAUCAUACAUGGAAGAACUUUUGGAUAGCACGACUGCCAUUGCCCUCUGGAUCAUUGACUGGGACGCAUAGUCAAGUGUCGGCGGUGAGAUUAGCUCUCAUAGUCAACCAAGGCACGAAAGCAUUUUGAGUUUGUGGAUGUAGGUAGACUGAGAGUGGUUAAUAAGCCAACCAACUACUUUGUAAAUCGUG